CUCAAAUCAUUUAUUCCAAAAGCUUAUAACUCUUUUACAAUAUUUCUAAAAAAAAUGGCAAAAAAUGUGAGUUUGGAUUCAAUAGACCAAAAAUUAGCACUUGCAAAACGUUGCUCUCAUGAAGGAGCAAAGGCAGGAGCAAAAGCAGCAGUUUUUGCAACAGUUGCUACUGCUAUUCCUACUUAUGCUUGUGGGAAGAUAUCACCAUGGGCAAGAGCACAUCUCAAUCCAACUGCUAAAGCUCUCAUUGUCUCCACAGUUGCUGGGAUGGCAUACUUUAUUGUAGCAGACAAGACUAUUUUGAAAACAGCAAGGCAAAACUCCUUCAAACAACAAGGCUAAUAUAAUUAUGAAGGCUCAUCAACAACUUAUAAAAGCUGUUUUAGUACUAAGUUUUAUUAUGAAAAUUUAAAUUAAUUACUGUUUUAAGUACAAUUAGUAGGGUAGUUAGUAGGUGGAGUACUCACAUGAUGAGGUAAUUAAUUAGUAGAAACCUCAAAAAAAUGUGAUUUUUGUCUAUGUAAUAGAACCAUCUACAUCCUCUACUACUAUAAAUAUAAUAAACCUUGUUUUUCU